AUGAUGAGCGGCCGCACGGUUUGCCCUCUGCUGUUGCUCUGUUUGCUGGCCGCCGGGGCAGGCAGCUCGCCUGAACUCCCCGGACAGGAGAGGCCAGAGCGGGGCAGCUCCCCAGCUCCGCCAGCCCCCCGGGCAGGAGGGAAUCCCGGAAGGAAUGGGAUCCCCCUGAACCGGAGGAGCGGUCAGCCGCCCCUGGAAGCCACCAAAGCGAAGUUGGGAGCCCUCGCCCAGUUCUUCGGCAAGUCCCGCCUCUUGGUGCUGGCUGCCCCCGACCCCUCGGAUAACUCAUACCGCCUGAUGGAGCAGCAGAUAGACCUGAAGAGCCGGCGGCUCCGCUGCCAGUUGGCAGCCAGGGACCUCUUGGUCCUGAUCUUGUUCCAGAAGGCCAGCGCCUCCCCGGGCAAGUUGCACACCGUCUCCCCGGAAGGCGAGGUCUCAGAGGAGACAGUGGGAGCCCAGGAGGCGGCUCAGAUCCGGCAGCACCUGUCCCUGGAGGAGGGUCAGUUCGGGAUGGUGUUGCUCAGGAAAUCCAUGCAACUGUACGAGAGGUUCCCGUACGCCGUAAGGAUGGAGGCUGUGCUGGAAACUGUGGACCAAAUGCCCCUCAGGAAGAUCGAAAGCGUGACCAGGAGAGGACAACAGCUGAAGUGUAAGAGUGGGAGGGACAGGAAAUUGGGCUCAGGACAAUUACUCCACAACAGGAGGGGGAUGGUCACCAGAGGAAUGGUCAACAGGACAACGCUCAACAGAGGAAUGGCCAACAGGACCAUGCUCAACAGGACAAUGCUGAACAGGGGAUUAGGCAACAGGGGAAUGAUCAACAGAGGAAUGGUCAACAGGACAGUGCUCAACAGCAGAUUGAGAUCAGCCUCUCCCAAUUCCCAGAAACUGGUCCGUUCUAAGAGUGUCAGUUCCUCAGGGAAACCGGGAACGUCAGCCCCAGGCAACAGUCCACCCAGCAGGAGGACACUGGGCAAAAGGAAAGGUUCCGCCUCCACCCUGAACUCUAUUGGCAAGAGAAGAGCUGAGAGCCCCAGGAGUGCAGAUACACUCAGGGAGUCUCCCACAGUGCCACCAGGACAGCGGAUGAUGGAUCAGAUCAAAAAGAAGGUGCAGCAGAUGUUAAUGGCCAAACACCAGAAACCUGACCAGCGCAGGCUGACUCUUGUCACCCAGAAUAGGAACCAAAUAUCCCGGACAAGAACUCAUACCCACCACAUACCCCGGGUCCAUUCUACCAGCUCACCUCUAGGGUCCUCAACUAUGGCUCUUCUUAACAGGCCUGCAGCUGGCACUGAGCAGGAUUUCCAACCAGAGAAUGUUGCCCCCCUGAAACGGGACCAAUCUCAAUUGCCUCCAGCCCAGCCUGUGAGGCCAGGAAUCUUUGAAUCCAACCCCAGUACAGUUCAGUCUCAGGACAGUCUUUCUGCUUAUCAGACUCUGGAGAACUUUUCCACUCUCCCUACAGCUCCGACACAUCAGCUCACUGAGUCAGGACUUUGGAGCAAUGGAUCACCUAGCGUUCAAACCAGAAUUCUUGGGCUCUCUAACUCCUCUGGCCGAUUGUCUCAUGUCUCACACCUACAAGAAACAUCAGCCUCCCAUCCUGAGAGCCACCAAACAAUGGACCAGUGGUCAGACUCUCUCUCCAGGACCACACUUCCCAAAACCCCCAGGGUUCAUGUCACUGUGCAGCCCAUUGAAGGCAAGGCAGAUGGAGAGUUAAGCCAGCUGCCUCCAGAACUAGAGCAGGGGGGAGGGCGUCACUGGCAGGAUAACCCAAUAUCUGUACGAACCAGAGGCAAGAAAGUGGAGAAUAAGCAGGAAGGUAACUCGAACAAAGCAGUCAGAAACAAAGGCCGGAAAAACAGGAGAAACCGCAAGAACAAGAAAAAUGCCUCCAGAAACUCAAAGCAGAUUGACAACAGGGAGCUCCUGGGGUUUUUAGACCACUUUCGGAACAAGCGAAGAUUGCUGCUUAUUACUGCACCCAGAAAAGACAGCAAGCUCUACAUACACCAAAGGGAUGAGUACCUGGAACACAUAUGCCAGCUGGCUAUCCGGAAAUUCAGUAUGAUUGCUAUUCUAGGCUCACAAUCCAAUAGCACCCUGACGGUGGAACAUUAUCAGAAUGAAAACGAAUUAGCACUUGAAAAUCCACUUUCCGAAUCUGUCAAUGUUGAUCUGAUUGCUCAGCUACGAAGAGAAUUUGGGAUGUCAUUUGAUGAAUUCUUUAUGGCUCUGGUUGAUUAUGAUAUGAAAGCUAAGCAAUAUUUCGAUGUCCCUAUCCCCGUUAAGAUUCUAGUGGAUUAUAUGGACACACUGCCCUCGAGGCAGCCAGAGAUUGAGGAAGAAAAGAAAAAUGGUGUCACCUGUAUCAAACGCAACAGGGAGAUCAACAUCAACAAAUUUCUUUCCAGGUUGCUGUGGAAACGGAGAAUGUUAAUAAUUUCCUCUCCUUCUGAAGAAGAAUGGGCAUUUCAACAACAGCUCAUAGCGUUACAUGGCCAGGCCUGCAAUCUGGGAAUUCGCCACUUUACCCUAUUGAAGUUGGUGGGAUCAGGUGAAGAUGUUUCAGGAUCUAUGGAAGUGUUUCCAUUGAAUGGAAGAGCUGAAGUGGAUACAGAGGAGCUUUCCUCGAUGGUGGCGAAAGGCCUUCGUGAACACUUCCAGAUCAGUGAGGAGCACUUUAUGCUGUUCCUCAUCGGUAAAGACGGCACCAUCAACUCCUGGUACCUGACACCCGUCUGGUCGCUAGCGACCAUUUAUGAACUGGUGGACUCCAUGCAGCUGAGGCAAGAGGAGAUGCAGCUUCAAGAAACACUGGGAAUCUCCUGCCAGGAGGAUGACUACUCCCCCAGUUAUCGUGGAUACCCUGAGCAUGGAUAGCGUAACCGUAAUAGGAAAUACUUCUCAUGUUGUGGCCGUCACUGGCUGGGCCAGCAUUCAUCGCCAUCCGCAAUCCCCAGUGAACCGCCUUCUUGAAUCAUUGCAGUCUUUGGGGUGUGGGGUCAUGCACAGCAGUGAUUUUCAAAUAGUGU